UUCAGGCGGAGCACUUAAGAGGCGGGACCUUUGUUCUGUGACUGAGGUUGCAACGGGGAAAAUUUUAAUGGGACACCAAGAUGGCGGCUUCUCUGUUUAUUCUCUGCGGUCGCGCAGCACCGUUCAAGACUUUAUCACUGCAAGUAUGGGGGCUUCGAAGUUUACCUUCUGCUGUUUCUCUCUGCACCAAACCAGAGGAUUCUAAAAAAGUCUCUAAAAAAAAUGAAACUGGUCCCAUAACUAACACUAAAGCAGAUACAGCUCGAAAGUUAUCAGAUGAAGAUCUGAGGAAAUCCUUAGCAAGAAAAACUUUGGUAGCAUUUCCUCAAAGAGCAAACCACCCUUCUCUUGAAGGGGAGCCUGUUUUCUCCUCCACAAGAUACUUGAACAAGAAAUCAGCAGAUGAGGAAUCAUCCUCUUCAUCAAGCUCUGAAUCAGAUUCCAGUUCUGAUUCUGAUGAAGAAAAAGAUGAUAGCUUCAAAAAGAUUGUAAAAACCAAAGUAUCAUUUCCAAGCCGAGAUCCCAUCUCUUCUGGUGAUAGUGCAGUGAAUGCAAAUAAAACAAGUGAAAAGUACUUUUCUCAAGAACCAGUCAAGAGUAAACACCCUAUGAAAGUCCCUCAUAAUCAGAAAACAACAGAGACCCCAAACAACCAAGAGAAGUUUUAUCAGACAGCUGCUGAUGACAAGUUGUCAAAAACAGAUUUGGUGAAACCUGCCAUAAAACAAACCCCUAAAGAGAGGCCCUUAAACAGCACAGAUGUGGGAACAAAAAUUGUGGAAAAUCGAAAGUCAGCAGAAGUUACAUCUAAGCAAUUUGUGGCAUCUGCCCCUGAAACAGCUUCUAUUAUAUUGCCUCUAACAAAACCCAUGCUUCACCAAAGUGUCGUGCAAAAUUUGACUUCACUACAACAGAAAGAAAGUGUGGCUAAUGAAGUACAAAAGACAGAAAUACAAAGAACAGCUGCUGUACUACAAGAAGGUUUGGAUGACGGAAUCCCAGUGGCUGAAACAACAGAGAAGGGGGAGACUUUCUUGGAAGAAGGAGUUCAGACUGAACAGCAAAGCACUCUACAGGAAACAAAGCCACCAGUUGAAACUGCUCAAGAACCAUUUGACAUUUCUGCCUACAAGAACCUGCAGCAUCAUGAGUAUACACCAUACACAUUUGUGGAUUAUGAUGUUUUGCUUUCAGAACUGAGGUUGCCUCAGCCUUCAUCUGGGAGAUUAUCUCCAAGGCAUUGAAUCAGAUGUGAAAAUGCAAGAAAGCCUGAUAAUGAAGUAACAUGUUUUAAUUAAAAUACUUUAAUUGAAGUGCUUGACUUCAUUCAAUAAAUAAAUACUCUUAGUGAUCAAUAUAAACUCUGAUAAGUCAUAAAGAGAGCAGCUCUUUGAUUGUUCUGAUGUGUUCUGAUUUUGAAUUUUAACUUGAUGUGCUUUCUCCAUCUUCUGCAACAUGUAAAAACAAAUGCCUAAUAUCAAAUCAAGAAAAAGAGAUAAGAAGAAGGAUUAUGUAUUGUAUCUGGACGUAACAUUUUCUCUUUUGUUCGCUUUUCAUAAAUUGUCAAAAUUGACAUGUCAUAUCUUAAGAAUUCGGCAGCUUGUAGUUCUCUCCUAAAAUGAGCAUAUUAUCUUGAAUAAAAUAUAUCCAAACAA